AUGGAGUCAAAACUGCCACAAGAGGACGUCCACGUCAUCAUCAUCGGCGCCGGAAUAACAGGUCUCAUCCUAGCCCAAGCUUUGAAGAAGGAAGGAAUUCGAUACUCAAUCUUUGAAAGAGAAGCGGCACUGAACUACCGCAGCAAUGAAUGGACCAUGGCCAUCCACUGGUCUCUAGAUCGUCUUCAACGCCUUCUUCCCGAAGAUCGAUAUGAAAACAUGACUCAGGUGUCCUGCAACCCUGCCAUUCCAAUCGAAGCUGGCGGAAACUAUCCCAUUAUCCAUGGCGAAUCGGGUGACCUAUUGACGGGAGUACCAUACGCCAAGGGACUGCGUGUACCACGAAGCAAAAUGCGAGCGUUGUGUGCGGUAGGCAUUGAUGUGCAGUAUGGAAAGAAUUUGGUCGAUGUUGCCUUUAACGAGAGUGGUAAAGGAGUUGUGGCUUUCUUCGCGGAUGGAAGCAUUGUAUCCGGAUCUAUUCUUGUCGGCACAGAUGGUCCUCGAUCCAAAGUGCGAGAGUUUGCAAUGGGAAGUGCAGAAAAGGCCGCGGUCAGCCGGUUUCCCAUUUUUCACACAAACAUGAGCGUCACGUAUAACGAUGCAGCGAAGGCUCUGUACCUCCGCCAUAAGUUUCCCACGAGUUAUCUAGCGCUGAGUGACAGGUCAUUCCAUGCAUUCCAAUCCAUUUCCAGCAUGCCAGACGGCCCAGAUCACCCAGAGUCAUGGAUCUUCCAUUUGGCAAUGGCAUGGUUCUCAGACGGAGACGAUCCUCUGACCUACAAGGAGAGGCUCGAAUUAAUUCGUGCAAAAGCCCAGACUCUUGGGGAGCCUGCACACUCGGCAUUCACUUGGAUUCCGGAUGAUACUCAAAUCCACAAAGCCGAUAUUAGUUACUGGAUUCCCCAGCCAUGGGAUAACCGACAAGGACGAAUCACUCUUGUCGGAGAUGCAGCACACCCGAUGCCACCAUACCGAGGCCAAGGAUUGAAUCACUGCAUAUGCGAUGUCUCAAAUCUACUUGACGGGUUCCGAGCAGUUGUGGCAGGACAGUCUAUACUCUCCGAGGUCAUCACCUCGUACGAAAUUGAGAUGGUUCCACGUGGUCAGGAAGAGGUAAAAUGUUCGAUAGAAAAUGGGUACAUGCUACACGAUUGGGCGAAGGUUCAGGAAAGUCCUGUAUUCCGCAAUGGCUUCAGACCAAUGGAGGGUCAUGAUAAAUCCGGGAUCGGUCAAGAAAAUCAUCCCAUCAAUCAUCAACAAGCACAGGUUGUUUAG